CACAAGAGCCUGUAGAGUCCCAUAUAAGGACUCGCUGAUGAUGUAAUGGGCGCCGCUGACUGUGAGCAAGAGUCAGUUUGCAGAGCACUUCUCAUAAUGUUUGGUUUUCCGGAUGGAAUGUCCACAUCACUGGGAUCUUGAGGGAAAGGGGGAAACAUGAAAUAAGAACGGCAAUAAAUUUGGAGGAUUUUCUGAAAAAGGACCGAGGCUAACCACAUCGCAUAGACUGAGACUCUUAUUAAUAAAUGACUGAAUACCAGGAAUUGAAAAGCAAGAAAAAUAAGAGACAUAUCAGUACUGAAAGAAAAGCUGACCAAGCUGAAGACUUUCGCACUGCUUUUCAUUAAGGACUUACAACAUCUAGGAAAGUUGGUGGAAGAUCAGCAGCGUGACGUUAAAUACCUAACUACAAUCGCUGCUCAUAUUGAGCAGGGGGUCUGUGCUGCUGAAGCUGGCGCAAAUGUGGAGGAGGUGCUUAAAUUCCUACAUGUUGGAGUAGAGCAGCUUAAUCAAGUUUCCAACCUCCGCCAAAACCAGAACAGCAUGACGGCCCUGAGAUCAUUGACAGAGGUUGAGGUGCUAAGAAGAAGGGUGGUGGAAAUGGAGGGGAAGGACGAAGAACUGAUACGAAUGGCGGAUCAAUGCCGAGACCUGGACCACAGACUGGCCAACGAGACGAGUCACAGCCGCAGUCUGAAACUUGAGGUGGACAAGCUCAAUGGAAGAAUCAGUGAACUGGACCGGUUAGAAGAUGCUUUGUGCAAAAGCAAACAGGACUGUAGUAUUCUGAAGAGCAAGUUGGAGCGAGAGAGAGAGUUCAGCAAGGUGAUGUCGGGUGAGCUUGACACUUUAAGGCUCAGGGUGAGAGAGCUAGAGACUAUUGAGCUCCAACUGGAGAAAAGUGAAAUGGCUGUUCGACAGGAUUUGGGCAAGCUCAGGUCACUGACUGUAGCCUUGGUGGAGGACAGAAAGAAUAUGGCUGAGAGGCUCCAGCAGGCCGAGGAAAAGAUUAUUAAGAAAGACAGCAAAAGAAAUGAGCAAAGUAAUUUGGCAACAAUGACAGAGCGGCUGAGAGAGGAGAAGCAGCUGGCACUGAGGUCUAAGGCAGAUUUAGAAGAGAAGAUUAAGGCCAUAAUGAAGGAAAAAGGCGAGCUUCAAGACAGACUAAGAGCAGAGGAGGAAAGGAAUAGAGAAUUACAGAGUAAAAUAACUAUAAUGAAAAAAAAGUUAAACAUCUUUGAUAAUAGGAAAGAAAAAGAAGAUAAGUACACAAACAACUCCAUUCCAGACAACACCGCUUAUCACUGCCAAACAGAAGACAACAAAGUUAAAGAGCUGACCAAGGAACUAGAUGAAUUGCAAAAGAAACUCCAUGAAAAAGAGUUGUUGCAAGCAGAGCUUAUGAAAUUGGAGGAGGAUUAUGAGUCUCUGGAAAGGAAGCUGAAAGACGAACAAAGGAGGUCACAAAUUCUAACAGAGGAGCUAGAGGUGGCAAAGAAGGAGCUUUCCAGGUACAAGCAGGAAGAGAAACAGGAGGUCAACCAAGAGCACCGUCUUCUAUGCCAUCUUCAGAAGGAGCAAGUUAAAUCGAGACUUUUAACCAAAGAAGUGGACACCCUGAAGGAGAAACUCCAGAAGCUGAUGGGGACAGAGGAGUCUAUCUCCAACGUGCAGAUGGAUCAGUCAACGCUGCAGAGGAAACUGACCCAGCAGGAAGCCAAGAACAAAGAACUGGUCAAGGUGAUGGAGAAACUGACGAGUGAGCUCGACAUGUACAGGCAAACACAGAAUAACAACUUCUCACACCAUCACCAGACCACCAGAGAAGUACAAACUGAACCUGCAAAUCACAUGCCUCCAAACUACAAUCAAUGCAGUGAGAAAUUAAAUAGAGAAAACACUAACAACCCAAAUCUUAAUACAAAGGUCAUACAUGAAGGAAGCCUAAAUAUCCUAAACACUGAAAUAAAUGACAUCUGUCAGCACGACAACCACUCCGAAAUAGACAUGCAUCAAAAUGUUAAUGGAGAAGUGAUGACGUUAACACAUACACCUGGGCAGCCCUUGCAGAUUAAAGUAACGCCACAUCAUAUGCUCAACACAGCAACGCUCGAGAUUACCAGUCCUUCUAGGGACUCAGCAACAUCUUACACCAGCACAGCUGCCAUACCAACAAGAGGAGCUUCACCUAAGCAGAGAAUAACCAUCAUCCAGAACUCAGGUUCACCCGCUGUCAGUCCUAAAACCUCAACUUCAACUCCUGAAUGCACCAUCUCUCCAUUUAACGAAACGCCGGUCUCUCGAGUGUUAAGUCCAAAACCAUCCCGCUCUACAACACCGGAAAACAACUCACCGAUUCAGAUUGUCACAGUCAAAACCUGUUCUCCUGAGCCAGCAGAGGAUACAAAUCAGGUGCUCUUCUGCAAGACUCCUGAUCAGCCCAACAGCUGGCAGCAUCAGAGGUCCAACAGCAAUGACACAAGUCCGAGCAUCAUCACAGCCGAAGACAGUAAGAUCCAUAUUCACCUGGGAAGUCUGUAUAGCCAUCCUCUGAAUGGUAUGACCCACAGCAUCCCACAGUCUGUUGGGCCAUACUACCUCCGGCACGAACAAAGGACUCACCUAAUAGCUAACGGCUGUCAUGUAAAAGGUGUUGGAAAGAUUACAAGCAGUAUCACCAUAUCUCCUGCCAACGCUUCUGCAUCACAAUCAAACAUUACUGUUGGUGGCCUUUGUGAUUAGGUCCAAAAAACAAGAUCAAAUUAGAAAUUAGCUAAAGUACUACACUUUCUCUAAGAUGAUCUAUAAUCUAGUGUAAUAACCAUUACAUAAUACUUUACUCUGAUCCUUUAUAACCCACAUAACAUGCAUAAUGCUUCUUAGAAACUCUAAAAACAUCUUGUUUGUAGCACACAUGUACUGUAUCAUGGGAAAAAAAUGUUUCUAAUGUGUUUGUUGUAAUUUAUCAUUACAGCUGUUUUUAUGUUUUUAUGUUCAUUAAAACAGUUUUCUUCUUAAUGCAUUCAUCUUUAUUACUUUUCUAGAUGUAGGUAACGGGUUCUUUGCAAAAUGCAAACAGGUUUAGAUUUUAAAAAUGUACAAAAAUGAAAAUUAUGUUUAAGGUUUUUUUCUAUUCCAUUUCAUCUGAUUUACAACAAAUGAUUUAGUAUGUCAUUUUACAAUUUAAAGAUAGAUAUCUUUUUUAUUAUUUUUUGCUGCAAUAACUCACAUGCAAUGUAAUCCUGAUUUGUGUCAUUAUUGUUCUGUCUGUAUAUAAAAGAUAAUUGCAAUAAAAAUGUUGAAUAAAACUGUCUUUUACAAAGAUACAGUCAC